GUGCGUAAGCUGCUGGGCAGGCAUGCGCGGGGGCUGGCCGCUGGCGUGUGGGGGUGGCGAUGGUAGUAGCGGUGGAUGCGGGCCAGCUUGCGCGCAGGCGCAGACUUCCGGUGUUUCUUGCGGACGGUGCCCGACGGGGCUCAUUCUGUUCCUUCUGUCCUCACUCCAGCUUUCCUCAAAGCGCUGAGGCCUAGAAAAGCGAAGCUUGAGAAGGAGCGCUUAAAAAAAAAAAGUUGCGGCGAGGCCGGCGGCGGCGGCAAUGUCCGUGAGGAGCGGCGAGGGGCGCGCGGUGGCGUUGCUGCUGGUGACCACAGCGGAGACGACGACGACGACCGCCUCGAGGGCACGGGGCCUGCGCCGCCUCCCUCUUGCACCUCUUCGUCAGUUUCCUCCUCGCUGCGGGGCUCUCGCGGGGGGCUGGGCCCGGGCCCGGGCGGGAGCAGUCCGAGACCGAGACUGAGGCCGGGAGGAGCGUGGAGGUGGUGCCUGCCUGGGGGCAGCCUGAGCUUCCGCCGCCUGAGUAUGGGAAUCCUUUUCACCCGGAUAUGGAGGCUGUUUAACCACCAGGAGCACAAAGUGAUCAUUGUUGGCCUUGAUAAUGCAGGAAAAACAACCAUUCUUUAUCAGUUUUCUAUGAAUGAAGUGGUGCAUACCUCCCCAACUAUAGGAAGUAAUGUAGAGGAGAUUGUAGUUAAUAAUACACGUUUUCUGAUGUGGGAUAUUGGAGGCCAAGAAUCACUUCGAUCUUCAUGGAAUACAUACUACACAAACACUGAAUUUGUGAUAGUUGUUGUGGAUAGCACAGACAGAGAGCGGAUUUCUGUAACAAAAGAAGAACUUUAUAAAAUGUUAGCACAUGAGGACUUGAAGAAAGCAGGCUUGCUCAUCUUUGCUAACAAACAAGAUGUUAAAGACUGCAUGACAGUAGCAGAAAUUUCUCAGUUUCUGAAGCUAACUUCAGUUAAAGAUCACCAGUGGCACAUCCAGGCAUGCUGUGCUCUUACUGGCGAGGGGUAAGAAGGCUUUGGUUGGUUGAUACUUCUUCUGAACAGAUGAGAUUGUGCCAAGGACUUGAAUGGAUGAUAUCAAGACUUAAGAUCAGAUGAUUUUUACUCUGCACAGACAUUUGUAUGGAAAAAGUGCUGGAUCUUUAGAUCUCUACAGCUGUGAAAUUAAUGGCUUAUUUGUAUUUAUAAAACCAGAACAUAAUUCUUCUUUGCCAUUUAAAACACUAAAGCCACCUCCAGUGGAAAGAAACAAUUAGAAGUUCAAAGUUGGCUUCCCAGCAGCUUCCUCUGAGGUGGAGUUGGAAUCCUGUGGCUGACCUUAAUUUUAAUGUAAAAUCACUUGAGAUUGUUCAAUAAAUGAUGUGUGUGAUGAGAAUGAGGAGGAGGAAUUUUAAUUUUUGUUUUAUUAUUCCAGUCUAACUCACUCACUUGAAGAUGUUGACUUUGUUCCAACCAAUCAGUAAAUCAGUGGCACAGGUAUUGACUUUCCAGUAUUGAAACUUAUUCAAAUGUGUUACAGAAGCAAACAUAUUUUCCUGUAUGUGUACUGUACAUUUUGUAUAUUUAUACCUCAUGUUAUAAAGUUGAUUGAAAUCUGUACAGAGAAAUGGGAAAUAUCACUGACCCUGUCAGUGUUCUUGACACUGUCACAAAUAGAUUAAAUUGCAGUACCUGGAUUCGAGCCAUUUGAGUCCUGUUGAAUGCUGCAAAAAUAAUUUUCUUUUAAAUCUAAAGUACUUUAAUCUGUAUUUGAAUUGGGCUGUGGAAAAUACUAAAAGGGAUAUUGCUGACACAUCAUUUGUAUGUUGUCAUAUUCUCCAUGCUAUUUUUAUGGCUAACGUUGAUGGUAAAAUUCUAGAGGAGUAUUUCUGUUUUCUUGUAUUAUAUACAUUUUGCAGCUAAAAACAUAAAAAGAAACAAAACAUGGUGUAUUACUGAUUAGGUUUUAUACUUGACUUAAUAUGAGCAUCUACUUGUAUCAAAUAGGUAAACUUGCAAACUGUUGGUAAAAACCUUAUAAACUUGUAGAGGUUGACAUUCUGAUUCCAUUGGCCAAGAAAAAUGUUUGAAAUGUGUGCAAUACACUUUAAAAACAUCUUCUUUCCUUGGGUUUACACUGACAUAAUAUUCCAGUUGUAAACAUUUAUGGUGGUAUGUAUGUUAAUAAAGGAAAGAAACAUUUCCCCCCUUUAUUCCAAGUAAGUAGUCUAAUAAGAAAUUUUACAGAAUGAGGGUGGGGGUUUCCAUUGAGCACUCUUUAGGGUAAGUAAGGAUGUAUAUUUGCGAUAAUCCCAAAUUGUCAAUGUUCCUUCUUAUAGGAGAUAUAGGCUAUAAUAGAAAUGACUAUAGCCAUCCAGAUAUAACAAACUGCUUUUUAAACUUUCCUGAAUGUUUUCAGGUGGUUUACUAUGUGGAUUCAUGUGGGCUGCUUUUAAACAAAAGUCUAAAUUUUAUGUGAGAUGCAUGGUACUUAUGAAUUACAAUUAAGUUUAUUCUGCCACUCUGACAAAACUUCCAGGGUUUUAAAUGAUGUGAAUAACUAUUUUCCUCUGUAAACUUAAUGCACCAGUUGCAGGGUGGAGGGGCAGUAAGCUGAAGAGGUGCCAUAGGGUAGAAGAAUAUUGCUUUUGUUAAAGGGCUGUGAUGCUUAUGAAAUGGAAUGGUUGUGUUUUGAACACUGUGCUGGCAUCCUUCUUGGAUUUUCAGGUUAUUUAGAAACUAGAACUUGAUAAACUGGAAAGUCCCCUUUUAGCUUUGUAAGUUUAAAAGAGAGACAUUUUGCAAUUUGUUAAGUAGUAAAACCUUAGUUAACAUUGGGUUAUAUCCUAUGAAUGUUUUCAAUUAGUGGAUGUACCAUUUGUCCAAAUUGCAGGGAGUGAUUUUUGUUGAUUCCCCUUUACUCUUCAUCCCUCUGUGUUCCUCCCAAAUAUACCCUUGACUGAUUUGAGGGGGUGGGGAGCACAGGCUGCAAAUGGAAGGAGAGGGAUCAACCAAAGCAAAACCCUAUUUUGUGUGAAUGGAAAGAGUUCUUAGGAUACAACCAACCAUCACCUAAUUUGGGUCAAAAUAUCUUUAAAUUACAAUACAUUCAACAGCUGUUUUCAUUCUUGGAAUCUGAUAUCAACAAAACUGGAUGCUUUCUACUCUGUCCCCUAGUAUAUCUUAAAAGGUGUACAUUCUUACCAAAUGCAUGCAGAGUAUCAGCAAUGGUGAUUUAUCACUGUAAUUUAAUGUACACUGUUUGAGGGGGCAAGGAACAAUUGAUAUAGAGACGGCAAUCCGAAGAGCAUGAGCGGUCUCAUGCAACAGGCAUAUGUUCGUUUAGUGAAAGUUUUGACUUGUUUCCUUGGAACAGUUAAUCUCCCCCUGCCAUAUCACAAACUGUUUUUUAGAUUCUUCUCACAUUUCAAUGUUUUGCCGUAUUACAUGGGAUGCUGCUGUUCAAGGAAAAAUCAAAUGUAAAGCCCCAUGAGACUAGUUGGAUCCCAUCAAGAUUGCUCACCCCCAACUCUCUCUUCUCCUACUGAUGUAAUCAAACAAAACAAGUGUAUUUUUAUACUCUCAAAUCUUGGUUUUUUAGCCUACAAAAUAAGCUACCACAAUACUUAACUACAAAUGAAUAGACAAUUGGAAUAAUCUUGUGUUACCAGUUUAAAUUCACAUAUAAAGUACUACAUGUUUCCAUAACCACAAUAUUGGCAAAGCAAAAAGCGUCAUGUGUUCUUCUUACACAAUUCAACAUUGAUGACAACAAAAUAAUGAGGGCUUCUCACAGUUUGAUGUAUUUCAGACUGGAAGGAGGCAGCAAUGGGCAACUACUCCACCUCCUAGUCAGACACCCUAGGAGGGAUUAGGCGAAAGCUUAACAUAGAGCCUUCACUUUGUCACUCUUAUAUUGGGAUAAAGGUAUGAAGCUACCAAUCCAUUCUUUCAGUGUGGUAUUUGAACCAGAAGCCCUCUCUCAUUUUUGUCCAAAGCCAGCUUUUUACAGAAAACCUAUAUAUGCACAUUAAUUUGACUUUUUGCCAUUCCUCUGAAAUGUAGAUGUAGAUAAGGAUGUUGAAUGUCACUGUAGCUCUUUCUCUACAGGUAAAAUUAUCCAUAGCAUCAAUACCAAUGGACUAAGGGCUGCUUUGCACAUGAACAUUUUCUACUUCUAAGAAAAAGCAUACACCAUUGCAUGUGUGUGUGCUAAGAUAAAGGGUAAACCUUACAUAGUGCUAGCCAUGGUGCUGCAUUAUGCAGACUGAAGAGAUGUCAUGAUGCUUUGCAGGGCAUGUGACUGAUGAUGAACUAUCUAGUUGCUUAAUGAACAACUUGAGUGCUCUUUGUCUAAAGCCACCUUGGAAUGUAUUCUGGUGUGUUUACCUGCAGAAUAGUAGGGGCAUAAAAUUGGUCUGGACAUCCAUGAAGAGCUGAAAAGAUUGUUUGGCUAGUGGAGAACUGGGGUUUUGGGGGAAUUCUUGUGUGUGUGAUGAUAUUAGUUUAAUGCUUUUUUUGACUAAGCCUGCCUGCAUGCUUGCUUCUGUGCCUAUCUAAAACCUGCACAACUUGUACAUUUGUAAAUAAACAAAUUAUUACAAAGAGA